AUGUCGGUCAAGCUAACUGGGCAGGAAGCUUGGAAGAGUGAAGAGGAAGAAGCACACCAAACAUUAGAUGAGGAUGACAAAUCAUCUAGUGACUACAAUUUAAGCAAAAGAAAAGACAAGGAGACGUACCCGCCACUGCCGUACGAAGAUGAAGUGUUCCAUGCCAUUCUUGAUACAAUGUUUGCUAAUGGUGCAAUCAAACCCUCCAAGCCUUACAAAGUCCGUACCAAAGAGGAAAAGGGUGAUCCUAGGUACUGCCGUUAUCAUCAGUUUGUGGGUCAUCCAACCAAUUCUUGUCAAACUUUGAGGAAAAUCUUGCACGCCGAGAUACAUGACGGAACUCUUGAGCUACCCUCUAGGAAGCCAGCUUUUGACGAAGACCCCUUGCCAAAACGAAGGGGAAAGGAGAUGGCUGCUGUCAUUACAUGCUCUGAUGACUUGCUAGAUGACGACGUAUUGUGCCACCUGUGGAAGAAUGACCCAAAGCCAUCGGAGGCUAUUUGGGAGCCUUGUGGAACCAUAGAGAAAGCUUACUGGUGUAAAUAUUCAAAACCCUCAAGUUAUAAUACCCUAUGGCCACUUACUGAUGGAUGGGAGGAUGGUUCCAAUAGCGAAGUUAUUCACUUUGGAUAUGCUGGAAGAACACCACUUGGGGGCUUCAUUUGGUCAACAAGAUUAUCGAGAGACAGCUGUCGUAACCUCUCAUAA